UGGAAACUGCAGCUCAGAAUAUGAUGUGGGAAAGUGUUAUCAACAACAAUAAGGAUACAUUGCAAAAAUUGUUGAAAUGUGGAGUCGAUCCUAAUAUUACUGAUGCGAAUGGAGAACCUCUGUUUUUUACCCUUAUUGUUAAUGAGGAUUUGGAAUCACUGAAGAUGCUAUUAGAUUACUGUGAUGUCAACACUGAAAACGAAGAUGGGAGAACUUCUCUGAUGCUGGCUAUUGAAAUGGACGAUUUGGAGACCAUCAGAGUUUUAAUCAAAGCAGGUGCUCGCGUGAACAAGAAAUAUAAUUCCGGUAAAACCCCUUUGUUGUUGGCUUUGGAGGAAGGAAAAUUCAGAAUCUCAGAAUAUCUUAUCAAACACGGAAGUGACGUGAAUGAAAUGGAUGAUCUUGGUCAAACAGCCCUACAUCUUGUUGCCACGGGGCAACAUAAUGACUGUACGAAGAUCGUUAAAAUUCUGUUUCACUGCGGAUACGUGAUGAAAGAGGCUGACAAGUGGAUAUGCCCUGAGGACCUAAUAGGCAAUAAACGUCUUCAGUCCAAACAAUCCAAAAUACUUCACAAAAUCAAGACGAUCUGGAAGAUGAUCACAAGAGAAGACAAUGUGAUAACAAGAGGCUCUUGAAGUGCAUUUUACAGAAUUGUUCUGCACCCCUGCAGAUACUCCUUAAUGCAGAUGAAGACUGACUGCGAUUAGAAAGCAAUGAGGACUUGCUCUAAUUAGAAGUCAAUGAUAUCCUCCUAUUAGUAGAAGUCGAUGAGAACUAACUAUCGCAUGAAGUCGAUGUAAACUGGCUGUUAGUAAGCAUACAAUCUCAUGAAGUAAUUUCGAAGGAGCGAUUUUCAUGAUGUCGAGAACAACUUGGCCAACAGACAAGUUCUACUCUUGUAUACAAAUCAUGAUUACCAAACGUCUCGUCUCUUGUAUAAAGUAAGGAUUCAAGAAGACGGUUAAAUAGCUAUGUCAGAAAUAGCCUUAUCAUAGUACCUACUCGAGAACAGCUUGAGGAGGAGGAGGAGAAAUGCGUCAUUCCGAAUAACAUCCGAUGCAAUAAGAAUUUGAUUUUGUUUAUUGCGUAGUGAUUAGUAUAGGAUUCUGGAAGCAUAAUAGAAGUAUAUCUGUAUUUUACGACCAUUUAGUUCUAUUCAAUGCAGACUCGAUGUAGUGUGACUAAUAAAACAAUGAUAAUAACAUA